GAUGGCGUCCAAUUUAAAUCUGGAUGAAUUGCCUAGACUAUCUUAUGUUAUUAGUGCUGACCCAGUGGUAAGACCUUCAGAAAUAAAUUUUGAUGCCAUUAAGCUUGAUCUCUCACAUGAAUUUUCCUUAGUUGCUUCAAACAAUGAGACAAGCAGUUUGGAACCCAAAGAUUAUCUCCAAGUUUAUCUUCGAGUGAGACCAUUCACACAAUCAGAAAAAGAACAAGAGACUCAGGGUUGUGUUUAUAGUUUAGACUCCCAGACUAUUAUGCUGAAAGAUCCUCAAAGCAUCCCUGGUAGGUUAAGUGAGAAAAGUUCUACGCAGAUGGCACAGAAAUUCAGUUUCUCUAAGGUUUUUGGCCCAGAAACUACACAGAAGGAAUUCUUCCGAGAUUGUACUAUGCAGCAAAUAAAAGACCUCUUGAAAGGAGAAAGUCGGCUGAUUUUUACUUAUGGGCUAACAAAUUCUGGAAAAACAUAUACUUUUCAGGGCACAGAAGAGAAUGUUGGCAUCCUGCCUCGGACUUUGAAUGUACUAUUUGACAUUCUUCAGGGAAGACUAUAUACGAAGAUGAACCUUAAACCACAUAGAUCCAGAGAAUAUUUACGAUUGUCACCAGAUCAAGAGAAAGAAGAAGUUACAAGCAAAAGUGCAUUGCUUCGGCAAAUUAAAGAGGCUGCUAUGCAUAAUGACAGUUAUGAUGCUCUUCAUGGGAGUUUGACGAACUCUUUGAAUACUUCAGAGUUUGAAGAAUUUAUGAAAGAUUGUGAACAGUCCUGCUUGAACAUGGAUGAUAGCAUAAAGUUUUCUAUUUGGAUUUCUUUCUUUGAGAUUUACAAUGAAUGUAUUUAUGACUUGUUUGUUCCUGUAUCUUCUAAGCUCCUAAAGAGAAAGAUGCUACGCCUUUCUCAGGAUGUAAAGGGCUACUCUUUUAUAAAAGAUCUACAUUGGAUUCAAGUGUGUGAUUCCAAAGAAGCAUACAAACUUUUAAAACUAGGAAUAAAGAAUCAGAGUGUUGCCUUUACUAAACUGAACAGUGCUUCAAGUAGAAGUCACAGCAUAUUUACUAUACGAAUAUUGCAGAUCAAAGAUUCUGAGAUGCCUCGUGUAACACGAGUCAGUGAACUGUCAUUGUGUGAUCUUGCUGGUUCAGAAAGAAGCAUGAAGACACAAAAUGAAGGUGAAAGGUUAAGAGAAACUGGGAACAUCAACACUUCUUUAUUGACUCUGGGAAAGUGUAUUAAUGUUUUGAAAAAUAGUGAAAAGUCAAAGUUUCAACACGUGCCUUUUAGGGAAAGUAAACUGACUCACUAUUUUCAAAGCUUUUUUAAUGGUAAAGGGAAAAUAUCUAUGAUUGUCAACAUCAGCCAGUGCUGUUUUGCCUAUGAUGAAACACUUAAUGUGUUGAAGUUCUCAGCCAUUGCACAAAAGGUUUGUGUUCCAGAGUCUUUAAAUUCCUCUCAAGAGAAAUCUUUUGGAUCUAUCAGAUCUUCUCAAGAUGUAUCACUUGACAUUAAUAAUUCAGAAAAUAAAGUAUUAAAUGUAAAAAGAUCCACUAUUGCAUGGGAAAGUAACCUAGAAGAUUUGAUGGAAGAUGAAGAUUUGGUUGAAGAUCUAGAAAAAAAUGAAGAAAAGCCAAGUAUGGAAACUGAACUAACUGAUGACGAUCUAGAUAAAACAGUAGAGGAAGACACGGCUUUCAACAGUCAUGAGAAGAGAAAACUGUUGGAUUUAAUAGAAGACCUGAAAGAAAAACUGAUAAAAGAAAGAAAAGAAAAAUUAACAUUGGAACUGAAAAUUCGUGACGAAGUUACAGAGGAGUUUUCUCAAUAUUUGGCUCAACGGGAAGCUGAUUUUAAGGAGACUCUCCUUCAGGAACGAGAGAGAUUAGAAGAAAAUGCUGAUUGUCGUUUGGCGAUCUUUAAGGAUUUGGUUGGUAAAUCGGACGCUCAAGAAGCACCAGUGAGUGAAGAUCAUGCCAUGAAAGUUGAAACCAAAGAAGCACGUAAUUAUGUAGGAAUUGAAGAUGUUAUUGACUCUCUUCAAGAUGAUGUCACUGAUAUUAAGAAACAGGCUGAAAUUGCUCACUUAUAUAUUGCAUCUCUUGCUGACCCCCAGGAGUCUAUUGCUUCUUUAGAACUAAAGUUUAAUCAAGUUAAAGCUGAAUUAGUUAAAACCAAAGAGGAAUUAAUUAAAAGCCAAGAAGAGUUAAAAAAGAGAGAAAAGGAAUCAGAAAUUAACUUACAUUCAUUGACUCAAGAUGUUGAAAAAUCUAAUAAGGACAAGGCUGAUAGAUCUUCUUUAAUGAUAAACGAUAAAUUGGCUUGUAAUGAAAAAGUUGAAAUGCUGGAGGACCAUGAAACUAAAAGCUAUUCAGGAAGAAAAAGAUUAAAUGAAAGUGAACUUCAAGAAGAGGAACCACCUGCAAAGAAAGGACCAUUUUGUGGUAUUCCAACUGUCACUGAAAACCCUAAGAAAAGUGAAGAAAUGAAACAGACCAUUUCAGAAGAUGAGGAAAAUGAUAGAGUUUUACUCGCAAAGAAUAAAAAGCUGGAAAGACAUUUAUUUAUUGUUGAGAAUGAACUUAAAAAUGAAAAGGAAGGAAAAGCAGAACUAAAGGAACAAAUUGUUAUUUUGCAGAAGAAUCUUUUUACUUCUGAAGAAAAGAGUUCUACUCUUACUGUAGAGAUUCAACAAAUUCAAUCGAAUUAUGAUAGUGCAAUUUCUGAAUUACAUGUACAAAGAAAUAUAAAUCAAGAACAGGAGAAGAAAAUCAAGAAAUUGUCGGAGGAGAUUGAAACUGCUCGAAGAAACAUCACAAAUAAUGUUUCGCAAAUAAAAUUAAUGCAAGAAAAAAUAGAUGAACUCCGAACUCUUGAUUCAGUUUCUCAGAUCUCAAACAUAGACUUAUUCAAUCUCAGGGAUCUGUCCAGGGGUUCUCAAGAGGAUAAUGUGUCAAAUACACAGUUAGACCUUGUAAAUAAAGAUUACUUGGUAAGUAAGCAAGUUAAGGAAUAUCAUAUUCAAGAGAUCAAUAGAGAAAAUUCUUUCCACUCUAGUAUUGAAGCCAUUUGGGAAGAAUGCAAGGAAAUUGUAAAGGCUUCCUCCCAAAAAAGUCAUCAGCUACAAGGACUAGAACAACAAAUUAAAAACUUACAAUCAGAAUUAAGAGGCUCUAUGGAUGAAAACAACAAACUGAUAAUAGAGGAGAGGGAGACAAAAAUUCUGUUAAAAGAACAAGAAAGUCAUAUACAGCAACUAAAAGAUGAACUGCAAGAAAAAAACACCAGACUUGAUGUUCAAGUACAGCUUGUAGCCGAAGAAAAGAGAGCCCUUUCGGAACUUACACAAGAUAUCACUAACUAUCAGGUGAAAAUAAAAGACCUUGAAGCCAUCUUAGAAACUCAAAGAGAUGAGUGUAGUCAUUUAGCGAAGCUAGAACAAAAAAUUUUGGAAAAGGAGUCUGUCAUCUUACACCUAGAAAGAAACCUGAAUGAAUGUCAAGAAAAUCUUCAGGAGUCUAUCAGAACCACCAAAGAACUAAAUGAAAGGGAUAUCCAAUUGAAUCAGGAAAUCUCACAUUUAACUAAUGAGUUGCAAAAUGCAAAGCAUUCACUUAAAUUAAAAGAUAAAGAAGAAGAAACCAACAGACGAGAAAUUGAAAAGUUGAAAGAAGAACUCUCUACAAGCUCUGCUCUUACCCAGACUCUGAAAACAGAUCUUCAGAGGAAAGAAGAAGAUUAUGCUGAACUGAAAGAGAAACUGGCUGACGCCAAAAAGCAAAUUGAGCAAGUACAGAAAGAGGUAUCUGUAAUGCGUGAUGAAGAGAAAUUAAUGAGGGUUAAAAUUAAUGAACUGGAGAAAAAGAAAAACCAGUGUUCCCAGGAAAUAGAUAUGAAACAGCGAACCAUUCAGCAACUUACGGAGCAGUUAAAUAACCAAAAAGCAGAAGAAGCUAUUCAACAGUAUGAGAAAGUAUGCAGAGACCUAAAUGCUAAAGAGAAAAUAAUCGAAGAUAUGCGAAUGACCCUGGAAGAACAAGAACAAACUCAAGUAGAGCAAGAUCAGGCGCUGGAAGCUAAAUUAGAGGAAGCUGAAAGACUGGCCACAGAAUUGGAGAAAUUGAAAGAAAGGUACAAAGAUCUGGAAACCAAAAAAGAUCAAAGAUCAAAUAAAGAACUUAAGGAUAAUGAAGAUUCACUUAGUAAAAAGCUCCGUAAGCUUCAAGAUGAGUUACAGGAAUCUGAGCAGAAAUAUAAAGCUGAUAGAAAGAAAUGGUUGGAAGAAAAAAUGAUGCUGAUCACUCAAGCAAGAGAAGCUGAGAAUCUAAGAAACAAGGAAAUGAAAAAAUUUGUUGAAGACAGAGAACGUUGUUUAAAGCAACAAAAUGAAGUGGAAAUGCUUACAGCACAGCUGACAGAGAAAGACAGUAACCUUCAGAAGUGGCGAGAAGAACGUGAUCAGCUGGUUGCAGCAUUGGAAAUACAACUCAAAGCUCUUGUCUCCAGUAACAUACAGAAAGACAAUGAAAUUGAACAGUUGAAGAAGAGUGCCAUAGAAAAUUCUAAAACAGAAACACAGACCAUGGAUAGCAAACCAAGACCUGAGAGUUCAACAGAUUCUGGCAGAGCUGACCCCCAGUCAACAAGUUUUGAAGUUUGUAGCAAUGAAGUCGAGGAUGGAUCUGGCAUCAUUGACUCUUGUGAAGUGUCAACAGAAAAUAAUCCAACAACUCGAUUUCCAAAACCCGAGUUAGAGAUUCAGUUUACCCCCUUACGGCCAAACGUAAUGGCAGUGAAACACCCCGGCUGCUCCUCACCAGUGACGGUUAGGAUUCCCAAGGCCCGGAAGAGGAAAAGUAGUGAAAUAGAGGAGAAUUUGGUGAAAUGUGAAAAUAAGAAGAAUGCUACUCCCAGAACCAAUCCGAAAUCCCCUUUUCCAGAGUGCAGAAAUUCUCCCAAAAAGGAACAACAGGUUUCCACACAACUUUCAUCUAAGAAAACUUACUCUUUACGAAGUCAAGCCUCCAAUGUUAGUAUUAGCUUGACCACUAAGAAAAAAGAAGGAACGUUGCAGAAAUUUGGAGACUUCUUACAACAUUCACCAACAAUUCUUCAGUCAAAAGCAAAGAAGAUAAUUGAAACAAUGAGUUCUUCAAAGCCCUCAACUGUAGAAGCAAGUAAAGAAAAUGUGUCUCGACCGAAACGGGCCAAACGGAAAUUGCACACACAGGAAAUUUCAUCUCCUAUUGAUAUAUCUGGCCAAGUGAUUGUGAUGAACCAGAAAGUGAAGGAAAGUGAUCAUGAGAUUCUUAAGCGACGACUUCGAGCUAAAAUAGCCAAAUAAAUCACCUAUGAAUAGUCUUUGAAUAUAAAUACUAUAUUCAUAAUAAUUGUAACUUCCAUUUUGCCUUUUAA